AUGAAUGCUUCUCAUUUCGAAGAAUGGUUUCGAGAGGUGCUCCGCAAGUUACCACCGAAAUCAAUUAUUGUGAUUGACCAAGCUCCUUACCAUACGAUGUUGGAUCCUGAAAGACGGAAUCCUACCUUCAGCUGGCGAAAGGAAAAUAUAAUUCAGUGGAUGACACAGAGGAAUAUACCACUUCCAACUGGGGCGGAUUCGUAUGAAGAUUUAAACAAAGUGAAUCUUCUGCAACUUUGUGUGCCCUACAAAUUCGAAAAGAGUUAUUUACUGGACCAAAUUGCAAAGGAAAUAAGAGGUGAUGAGGUUAAACUUCUUUGGUUGCCAGUAGCUCAUUGCAAAUUCAACGCGAUAGAGUGCGUGUGGACAUAUGUGAAGCAAAAAGUAGCUGCUCAAAAUGCCACCUUCAAAAUUAACGACGUACAGAGGAUUUGCGAGACAGUGAUGAACUCGGUGCCACCAACAAUAUGGGAAAAUUUUGUAAGGCACGUGGAAGAUUUAGCAAAGAAAUACACAGUAACUGAUGAUCUCUUGGAUUGA